CUUUCACCUAGCUCCUUAUUAACCCCAUCAAGCUCUCCAACCCAGAGAAGAAUCUCUGUGUCUCUCUCUCCAUCAAAGUCCUCAACUUUGAAGCUCUCCCAUCCAAACAGAAUACUCUGCCUAACGCACAACGCUGUCUAUCUUCUGUCUCUGGUGAGAAAAAAUUUUUCUGACGUACUGAAUGUACCAACGCUGUGUCUUCUUCUUCUGCUGAGUGGUGGGUUUGAACUCUCCCCACUCUCGAAAUUCCCACAUUACAGUGAUCCUCACCAUCAUCUUCUUCCGCCAGAUGCUUUAGAGUUACAAUCUCUGAAGGAAAAGUCUGUGUUCGUUGCUUUGGCUUUCUCGAAUACUACCGUUUACAUUCCCCUGGGAAUUCAAAUACAGAACUGAAAUAAAGAAGCUAUGGCGGGUGGUAAAGUCUAUGUGGGUGCUUCAAACAUGAACGUCUUACUUCAAAGCGAAAGGCUUCCUUGUUCUUCUGAGGUCCUUGAGCCUCUCUGGAUUCCCAGCUCUGAACCCUCUUUGCACGCUUCAAAAUCCAUGGUUAAUUUUGAGAAGGUUGGUGGAGGAGACAACACUGCUAGCCCAUUUUUCCAACCGCUAGGUAGCGAUGAAAAUGGUGAUGAGGAGGAUUGUGAUGGGUGCUUUCAUCGACCCGGAAAGAAAAGGCGGCUUACAGCCAAUCAAGUUCAGCUUCUUGAGAGAAAUUUUGAAGUGGAAAACAAGCUUGAACCAGAGAGGAAGAUCCAACUCGCAAAGGAACUUGGUUUGCAGCCUCGGCAAGUUGCCAUAUGGUUUCAAAACCGGCGGGCUCGUUUUAAAACCAAACAACUGGAAAAGGACUAUGACUCGUUGAAAACCAGUUAUGAUAGGCUCAGGGUUGACUAUGACAAUCUCCUCAAGGAGAAAGAAAGCUUAGAAAAUGAGGUUAAUUCCCUGAGGGACAAAUUGCUUGAUAGAGAGAAAGGGAAGGAAAAUGAGGAACCACUUGAUGCCUGCAAGUCAUCAAAUGCAGAGCGCCAAGAGCCAAGUCUCAAUGCAGUUUCUGAAAGGGUGUGUAAACAGGAAGAUGCAAGUUCAGUGAAAAGUGAUGUUUUUGACUCGGAUCGGGAUAGCCCACAUUACACUGAUGGGAACCACUCUUCAUUGUUGGAGCCUACGGACUCUUCUCAUGCCUUUGAACCAGAGCAGUCAGAUUUCUCACAAGACGAAGAAGACAAUCACAGCAAGAUCCUCCUGCCCCAAGCAUGCUUUCUAAAAGUUGAAGAUGGAUGUAACGAUGUCCCGCUUGCAAAUUAUUGGAAUUUUGGUUUCCCAGUGGAAGAUCAGCCCCUUUGUUUCUGGAAUUACUGAGUUAUCAUGUCACUUUAGCUUCUAAAUUAUGUUUAAGCACUUAGUUGUAAUUAUGUUUAACGAGCAAUAAAUCCUAUUACCUUGACAUUGUU